AUGACGAGCUUACGAGAUAUCCAGCCUUUGACCUCCUCAAACAAUAUCCCAACUCUCCGUUCCACCCCGUCACUCGAGCGUUCAUCGUCAUAUGAUAGUCCAGUCGACAAUUCCCCGAGUGAAAUCAACAAUCAACGCGAACCCGAUUACCAGGUCAAAGCCACAUUGACCGAACUCCUCAAUGAUGCGCGGGUUAAGUCGAGCACAAAUGGCAGCAGGCGAGUGCAGAAUGCCUUGAUGGAGACCGAGCAGGAGCUACGGCAGCAAAGGCGGCAGUCAACUCAUAGCCGACGAGGAAGCAAGGAUGAUUCAAGGCAGGGUAAUUUAAUUGUAUUGGGACAGGAAUGUGAGAAUCCUUUUAAAUCCUAG